UGUGUUCCACUUGUGUUUCAAGUCGGACACAAUAGCAAUGCGCGCCGAUUAACAUGGAUCCAGUUCACCAGACUUUGCUUCGGCGCAACCGACUUUAUCUGUCUGAACAUCUGGAGGUCAGCGAUACGAUCGUUCCAUUUCUCUACCAGGAGGGAAUUUUAACCUUCGAUCACGUGGAGAACGUCGAAGCUCCACAGACAAAUCGGAAAAAAUGUAUGAAGCUGCUGGACAUUCUGCCGUGUCGAGGUCCGACGGCUUUCGCCACUUUCCUGCGGUCCUUGGAUGACUACAGCUGGGUUAGAGACAAGCUGGUGCAGGACUUGGAAUCCCUACCUGGAGGAGAUGUGGGAACAGGUGACUGGAAACUUCCGGACUCGGUUCUGAUGAAGGUUCCGUCAGAUCAAGAGUUAUCCAGAUUGGCCUCCGUCCUUGGCGGUGACUGGGAGGUGGUCAUUCUUGACCUGGGCGUGUCGGAAAAAGUGCUGUAUCGCUGUCGUGCUAAUCACUCAUGUGAUAUUCACGGGGCGGCGUUGGCUGCUCUCAUUCAUUGGAGACAGUCUCAAGGAAAACAAGCCACUGUACAGAAACUGGUGCUGAGCCUGGCUGCAGCUGGAGUCCACCCAUCUGUUCUUCGGGAUGUCCUGUGUGACACCGCAUUGUAGCAAAUGUUGACGGUUCUACGGCAGUGCGGAUACAUUAUGGACAGCUCAUGGUCGGCCAUGGAUCACACAAUGACUUUCAGAAUAGUCCUCUUCUUCGCACAACAGAAGACACAGACAUAUUAUCUGUUAAUGUGAUCAUUAUCUUUGGCUGGUCUGUUCACUUUGGUCGAAAAUAGCCAACAGCAAAGUACAAUUUGACCUACAUUUUAAUGUAUGAGCCACAUUCUGAGUGCUCAGAUGCUUUAACCAUGCUACUGACAACCCAUUGUGAAUUAUGCCUCAAAAUCUCAGGUCUGUCUCAACCAACUUAUGGUAAAAAGAACCUAUUUAUUAUUCAAUGUUAAUUCGCUAUUAAAUAGUUUCAAGAUUAUAUUAUGUGGUAUCAGUGCUUAAAUGUCAAUUCUUCUUAUUGUUUCCCUCCUUUGGAUGUUUUUAACCUGUUUGCCACAUUUAUUAAAAUUUGGGCCAUUUUCAAAAUAUUAAUUGGGACAUAUGUAUAUGGUAAAGAUAUGAUUUCUCCCUAUCAGUAACAAACUAGGCAAAUUGUUGGCUAAAUAAAAACAUGUAAUUAAAAUAGGAAAACUGGAUCAUGGAUCAUGGAAACAUCAGUGUUUAACUGUAUUCACAUCAUGUAUCAUACAGUAUCAGUCACAAAUACUCGCUAGAAAUUAUUACAAUGUGUAUCAGAUUAAUUAAUUGAUCUGUUAAUGUUUACGCAGAAUGCCACAUUCCAUCAUUUAAAUUUUAAAUGCAGAUCUGAGGUUGACUUUUUAUCUGUAGGCAUUGUAAGAUAUGUCCAUGUUAUGAUCCUCAAUGGGUGUGUUUGGGAAACAUCCAAUCACAGAUCUGAGCCCAAACUGUCAAAGUUGUCUUGCAGGUAUUUUUCUCAGCACCGACAAAUACACUGCUUUUAGCAGAUUGAGCAAUACCCUUCAUCAUGAACGUAUGCUUUGUAAUACUUUUAAAAGCCUUCUAUUUCAGAUUCAUCAUCAGUGCAGGAGCAGAAUGUUGAGUUUCACACAACACAAUCUGACAGUUUAUUAUUGUAUUUUAAUCCUUUGUUUUCUUUAUACACAACUUGAUUGCAUUUAAAAUAUAAAAUGAAUUGAGUUUAAUGAGAAGAAAACCUCAUCAAGAAAAAUAAUGCCAUCGUCAGCUGUACGUAUAAAUAAAGAAAAUGGCAAUGGAAAUCAUAAGUACACAAAUUCUAUUGAUGUGGGUUUUUAUUAUGAACAACAACAAAAAACUUGACAUAUGAAGCACUUUGUUUUGUUGUUACGACUGAAAAAGAUUCUAAGAAAUCAUGCUGCUUAACCGAUGAACCAGCUGUACUGCAGCCUCAUCUUGUGGACAGAAGUGAUUUUUAUUUAAACAAGUAUCAUAAACCUUUAAAGACACUCAGUCAUUUCUGUUCCAGCAUUGCUUAUUAUAGCUUUAUUUGUGACCAAGUGACCGCACUUAAGUUGCCAUUCCACCUCGAUAUACUGAGUGAAACAUUCCAAACUCGAUAUUAUGACUUGAAUCAAAUGGAUUUUUAUGGAAUUUGAAUGAGAGUUUGAUGUUUUUAAGCUCGCGUUGAAGAUUAUCCUGCCUUGGCUGCCAUUCAUUUAUUCCUUAAGAGCCUGCAGAGCUGCUUCAUGCAGAGGAUCAGUUUUCUGACUCACAAAUUUAAGGUGGACCGUCGAGUUACAGAACUUUCCCUCAAACUUGUUUUCCAGUUACAGGCGCUUGCAAAAGUCCAAGUGUGUGUGUGCGUGCGUGUUAGUAGGCGGGCUUGUGUGUGUGUCUGUGUGUCUGUGUGUAAAGCUGCAGAUGCGUGACGUGCUGCUGUCUUCAUGAGAAUUCUUUACAGUUUCUUAGAAAACUGCGGACGCUGAGUUUUCAUCUCAUUGGCUUCCAAGAACCUCUGGACAGUUUUAUUGCUGGAAGUGAGCGCGUGUCACGCUUUCUUUAUGUCCACAUUUUUUAACUCACUGUGUGUGUCUUUUUUUUUUCUAUUGCUGGUAAAUGGCUUUUCUUGGGAACCAAUGGGUUAAAUCUGGUGUUUAUAAAUACAGUGAGAGAAUGUGAAGUACCUGUGGGUUUGAUACACUCAACAACACUGUGUGCUGAGGCAAAACUCGCGACAACAGCCAUGACAUAGAAUGAGCUUUAUGAAGCGGAACACUGUGCUGGUAUAACAAUACCUUGCAGCACUCUAGUGGGGAGCAGCCUGGAAGGUUCAAGGUUCCUCCCAGCGUUCCUGAAAUAUAUCCUUCAGAUUUAUUGGUGGUUUCGAAACUUCCAGCAGUCUGUAUGCGAGUCUGUCUCUUUGUUUCCCAUAAUGGACAGGAGACCUCACAGGGAUGUUAUUUCCAUCUCUCUAGAUAACAGGCUCGUCGUCACAACUAAGUCCAAAACGCAUUCUUUAAGUCUAAAUUGUUUCUCAAACUAUUCAUCAACAAAGGUUAUAUUAAUCAAAGCUGAACAAAAAGAGGCGUCAUAACACACAGGUCACUCACGCCACUGAAUCUGAAUCCAGUCUCAGCCACCAUGCAAGACAUGUCAGCGGAACAUUUACUGGAGUGAAAUUUGUCCAAAGAGUGUUAAAGUCCAAACAAGUUCAAAUGAAGAGACACCUUAUAAUACAAAGUAAAAGCAUGUUGUCAAAUAACACUUUGCAUCUCACUCAGGGACGUCAAAACAUGACUGACUUACAUCAUCACUUAGCCUUUAUUCAUUUUACACCAAUUACUCCCUUUACUGUGCAGCAGGGUACUGAACAUACUAAGCUAAUGGGGAGAGGUUCACUGAAACACUGAAUGGAGUAAAUGCCUGCGUGCUCUCAGAGCCUCUUCCUGGAAUAUCGCUGACUGAUCCAGUUUUUACACACCAGGCAAUUGGGUUCAGAAUCAUGUUAUUGUCAGGAGCUGACGCAGAGUUCUGUUUUCUUGGAAUAUAAAAUGAUAAUGUGUUUCACACAUUGCUGGACAUAUGUGAUCAUCUUAUCAUAUCUAAUCUAUUCAUGUCCAUUGGGUGAGCUAAAGCAAGCCCAAAAAUAUUUUUGUAUAAAAUUCUGUAUGAUAUUUGACUCCAAUUAAAUGUGUAUUUACACAAGCCAAUGUAAGAUAAUUUCCAGAUUGUAAUUCAUUUUUAAAGGGGUGCUGUUUUAUUUUUCCAUAAGAGUUAACUAUUGUGUUUGCAUGAUGAAGCAUCACCUGGAUUAUGAAAUUGUGUGAAAAUAAGCCUAUAGAAUAUGACACAUUCAAUUGAUUUGCGUACAAAUAAAUCUAAACUCCCCCAUCAUUGUGCCAGUGCAAUUCAUGGAAUCACCUCUUUACUGCAGGUAUAUAUGUAUAUUUUUUUUAUUUUUUUUUUGACUGCAAGAGACAGAGGGGGACAUGUGUUUUCCUGAAGGUGUACUGUACUGUUUUCUGAUGUGAACACACCAAUAAAGU